AUGCAUUUCCUUUCAACUAUUCCUCAAGCACUAGCAAUGAUUUGGCUCUUCUUCUAUUUACACAUCUCUCCUGUUCUCAUUAGUGGCUACCCAAAUGAAGCUACAAACACAGACAAUAAAGUUAUAUCCAUUGGAGCAAUCAUUGAUGUUGAUUCUCGCAUUGGGAAAGAACAGCAAGUUGCCAUGGAUAUUGCAACUCAACGUUACAACAGCACUUCAAAGACCUACAAAUUGGCUCUCUAUUUUCAGAACUCCACCAAGGAUCCCCUCAGAGCCAGAACUCUUGCUGAAGAGAUGAUUAAUAUGCAGAAGGUGCAAGUGAUUAUAGGGAUGCACACAUGGCCAGAAGCAGCUCUAGUUGCUGAAAUAGGAAGCCGAGCUCAAGUUCCUACCAUAGCAUUUGUAGAACCUGCCAUUACCCCACGAUUGAUGAAAGUUAGAUGGCCUUUUUUGGUGAGACUGGCUAACAGUGUUGCAGCAUAUAUAGAAUGCAUUGCAGGUAUAGUGCAAACUUAUGGUUGGCAAAGAGUAGUUGCCAUAUAUGAAGAUGAUGCAUACGGGGGAGAUUAUGGCAUGCUAGCACUGCUAUCUGAGGCCCUUCAGGAUAUGGGUUCAAUGAUUGAUUACCACUUAGCACUUCCACCUAUUUCUUCUCUACAUGAUCCAGGAGAGUUUGUACAUGAAGAGCUACUGAAGCUAAUGCAAACACAAUCUCGGGUGUUCAUUGUGCUGCAAUCUUCAUUAGAAAUGGUGAUUCAUUUGUUUAAAGAAGCCUCAAAAUUGGGACUUGUGGACAGAGAAUCAGCAUGGAUAAUCCCAGAGAGCAUAACUAAUUUGCUAGAGUCUGUCAAUAAGUCUGUUAUUUCCUAUAUGGAAGGAGCUUUAGGAAUCAAGACCUACUACUCUGAAAGAAGCACCGAGUAUCAACAUUUUGAGGCGCAGUUCCGAAGAACUUUUAGGCUCAAGAAUGCCGAGGAAGAUCACCGCUACCCAGGAUUUUACGCUUUGCAAGCAUAUGAUAGCAUUAGCAUUGUCACUCAAGCAUUAGACAGAAUGAGCAGUAAACACAAAAGUAGUCUUCCAAAUACUUUACUAGGUGAAAUAUGCUCUAGCAGUUUCCUUGGUUUAAGUGGCCAAAUUCAAUUUGAAGCUGGGCAACUCUAUCAGAAUCCUAUCUUAAGGAUAGUAAAUGUGGUUGGGAAGAGUUACAAGGAAUUAUGCUUUUGGACUCGACAACAUGGGUUCACCACAAACCUCCCUACAGGACAGGGUCGGAAAAAUGUUGCUGCCAAUACAAAAUGUUUGAGUGGUGUACAUUGGCCUGGGAGUUUGCAGCAGGAUCCAAAGGGUUGGAAUAUGCCUACUAAAAAAAAUCCAUUGAAAAUUGCCGUCCGAAGCAGAACCUCAUUUUCCAAGUUUGUCAAGGUUGAUUAUGAUCAAAAGCAAAAUUCUGCAAAGUAUACUGGAUUCUGCAUUGAUAUUUUUCAGAGUGUUGUUAACCUUUUAGGGUAUGACUUGCCUUAUCAGUAUUAUCCUAUCAGCGGAACCUAUAAUGAUUUGGUUCAGCUAGUCAAUAACAAGACUCAUGAUGCUGUUGUUGGGGACAUGACCAUACUAGAGGAAAGAUUGCAGUAUGUGGAUUUUACUGUGCCAUAUGCAGAAUCUGGAUUGUCAAUGAUUGUUCCAGCGAAGUCUGAAGAGUCAGCAUGGAUGUUCACAAAGCCUUUUACCUGGGAAUUGUGGGUGGUUACAGGUGCCAUUUUGAUUUACACAAUGCUAGUAGUUUGGUAUCUUGAAAGAGAAUCCAAUCCUGAGUUUCACGGCAAUUGGAAGAGCCAGAUCAGCACAGCUCUUUGGUUUACCUUCUCCUCUCUUUUCUUCGCUCAUAGUGAGUAUCUAUCUCAAAAUUCCUAUAAUGAUUUUCACCAUGCAGGGGAAAAAAUGCAUAGCAACUUAACUCGCGUGGUGAUGGUCUCAUGGCUUUUUCUGGUUCUGAUUCUCAACUCCAGCUACACUGCUAGUCUUUCUUCAAUGCUCACAGUCAAACAACUGCAACCAAAUAUCACAGACAUUCAGUGGUUGAAGAGGAAUAACAUGAAAAUUGGGUGUGAUGGUGACUCAUUCGUUAGGUUGUUCCUAGAAAAAGUAGAAAAGUUCAAGCCUGAGAACAUCAUAAACGUUAAUGAUGAAUACAAGUAUGUUGAUGCAUUCGAAAAUAACACAAUAGCAGCUGCCUUUCUUGAACUCCCAUAUGAGAAAGUAUUCAUUAGUGAAUACUGCAACAGAUACACUGGUUCCACUCCCAGAACAAGAUUUGGAGGACUGGGCUUUAUGUUCCAAAAAGGCUCACCAGUGACCAGAGACGUGUCAAAAGCUAUAUUACAUCUCUCAGAAAAUGCAGAAUUGAAAAGAUUGGAAGAAAAAUGGUUGAUUACCUCACAUGACUGUUCCAACAACAUGAACUCCAACAAUACAGAAAGUUUGAAUCUCAAAAGCUUAUGGAUUCUCUAUGUCAUCUCUGGUGCCACUUCCACUAUUUGUCUGCUACUUCCAACCAUCCAAUGUCUAUUAUCCAAUAAGCAAUGUCAAGAAAUAGCACCAGAAGGCUAUGCCGCUACCAGUGUUUGGAAGGUGAUAACACAUGCGAAGAAUAUUUGUAGGAAAAAGCUCAAUAAUUCAAGUGAGACACAGGUUGUAACUGAUUGUUCUUCGAGAUCGGAUCAUGCGAGUAUGACUGAUUCCCCUGAGUAUCAGUUGGAUAUGGCUUCUUCGGUACCUGCAAUUUUAAUGCUCUCUUCUCCACCACCAGAGGUACAGUUGACAACACAUGAUUUAGGAAUCACUCACACUUCCAAGUAG